CUUCCGGAGGGGCGGCACGGCGGGGUCGCCAGCGAGCGCGGUUUGCGCUGAGCCGCGACGCGCUUUGACGCUGCUCUGGUGGCCCGCACGGGCAUGCUUUUUGCUUCACGAAGCUUCCGUUGCCUUGGCAUUAGAACACACUUACUACCCUCAGCUUGGCCUUCCAAAUCCAUCAGGUUUUCAGCCUUUGAAACAAUGCCCUUCAAACACAAAAACACAAAACGUAUUGAAGGCCUUGAUAGCAGUGUGUGGGUUGAACUUACAAAGGUGGCAGCAGAUCCCUCAAUUGUGAAUCUUGGUCAAGGCCUUCCUGAUAUAUCCCCUCCCAGCUAUGUUAAAGAAGAGCUGGCAAAGGCAGCAGCAGUUGACAGAUUGAACCAGUACACACGGAGUUCUGGGCAUCCAUCGCUGGUGAAAGUCUUGUCUCAGGUGUAUGAGAGAGUUUGUGGAAGGAAGAUUGACCCUCUCACAGAUAUCUUGGUGACAGUGGGAGCUUUGGGAUCUCUCUUUAAUACAGUUCAGGCGUUAAUUGAAGAGGGAGAUGAAGUAAUAAUAAUAGAGCCAUUUUUUGACUGUUAUGAACCAAUGGUAAAGAUGGCGGGUGCAAAGCCUGUUUUUAUCCCUUUGAGAAAUAAGAAAAAUGAUGGAAACUCUGCAUCUAGUGCUGAUUGGGUCUUAGAUCCCAAUGAACUUGCAAGCAAAUUUAAUUCCAAAACAAAAGCAAUUAUUCUGAAUACCCCGCACAACCCUAUAGGCAAGGUAUUUACCAGAGAAGAGCUCCAGGUGAUAGCUGAUCUCUGUAUUAAAUAUGAUACCCUGUGCAUCAGUGAUGAGGUGUAUGAAUGGAUGGUCUACAAAGGAAAAAAACACACUAAAAUAGCUACUUUGCCAGGUAUGUGGGAAAGAACAGUAACUAUAGGAAGUGCUGGAAAAACAUACAGUGUAACUGGCUGGAAGCUUGGUUGGUCUAUUGGCCCUCCACAUCUGAUAAAGCAUUUGCAAGUUGUUCAGCAAAAUACACUGUAUACUUGUGCAACUCCAUUACAGGAGGCUUUGGCACAAGCUUUUUGGACAGACUAUAAACGCAUGGAUGACCCAGACUGCUAUUUUAACUCACUGUCUCGAGAGCUGGAAGGCAAGCGUGAUCGGAUGGCUCAGCUAUUUCAAGAAGCUGGACUGAAGCCUCUCAUUCCAGAUGGAGGAUACUUUAUGAUUGUUGAUAUUUCUACCUUAAAUGUGGAUCUCUCUGAUGUAGAGAAUCAACCUUAUGAUUAUAAAUUCAUCAAAUGGAUGAUAACAUAUAAGAAACUUUCAGCAAUUCCUCUUUCAAUAUUCUGUGGUCCUGAGACAAAAGCGCAAUUUGAAAAAUAUAUACGUUUUUGCUUCAUUAAGAAAGACAGCACACUAGAUGCAGCUGAAGCGAUCCUGAAGAACUGGAAUAAACAGAUAGCUUGAUAGCUAUACAUAUGUUUUUUAUCAACUCUUCACUGAUAUAAUUGUCUUACACUAGGGCUUUUUAUUGCAGAUUUAAGAACAAAUUACUUAGUACAGAAUUAAUUUGACAUUGUAAUAAUUUGGUGCUGCCACCUGCUGAGGAGUUAAAACAAUGAUUUACUCAAUGUGUGUAAUGCGAUUCAGAGGUUAUUUUCAGUUUUUUUCAAAUUCAUUGACCUUUUUCCAAAGUAAUCUACAGGCUCCACAUCUCUUGCUGAAAAACAAAGAUUUCUAGGAUUCUGGGUAAAAUAAGUGCAUUAUAUAGGUAUUUUAAGGCUGACAAGAAAAAAAGGGAGGGGGUUUUGGUGUGAGAUACUAUAGAAACUAGGAGUAAGAUUUAAACAUUGUGCCUUAUAAGACCUAACAGUCAGCAGUGCAGGAAAACUAAGGCAUGCUUCAGAAUAGAUAAUUGCAUUGACUUCUACCAUGAUUAUUUCAAGCUCAAUGGAUAAGGAAUUAUUUCAGAAGAGAUCAAUGUGGAGAAAUCCUUUUCAGUUGCCUCUUCCUUGAGCUGUCUCUGUGAUCUUCUCAUCUGUGGAUGGUUUUCCCACCAGCAGGGCAAUCAAGAUAGGUUGCCUUUUAAGGGUAUAUGUUGUAUUCUCCAUGUUUUUUCAUUCUCCCACAGACCCUCUGACAAAAAGUUGGAACAAAUUCAGUACCUAAUUCUGCAAAUAUCUUACUCAUUCUGUAGUCAUAUAGCUGGAGUCUAAUUGAGUUCUAUCAGUCUGUGAUCAUGACCAGGACCUAAAAAAGAAAUUAUAUGGGAACUAGAUUGGGAUAGCAGCUGUUAAGCUGCCUAAAGAUGUCAGUACUACUUCUUGGUCUUGAUUUUUCGGGAAUCCAGUGUCUGGGACUUCUGUUGUCUGUUUAGCUGUCCCACACUGCCAUCCCCCAAACCUCACCAGAAAAAAAGUUGCUUAGUAUUUUCAGGGUAGGUAUAAUCUCUGUGUAGAAAAAUCAAAUUGAUAAUUAAAAUAACUUAACUGAAAUUCCCUCAGGGAUUUCAUAGAAAAAUUCCUAACUAAAUCCUCAGAAUUUCCAGGAGUAACUAUUGUUAUAAAACAGUAAAAUUCUCUGAAAUAUGCACUGUAUUUUGCACAGUCUUUAAAAUGUCUUUGUGUAAAUUGCACCUGGAAGUUGUGCUGUUGCAGGAGCUAGAGGGCAUUGUGACAGUCCGUUGAGCUGAGUGAUCACUUGGGCAAGGGGAAUGCUUCUGUUUGUAACAUGUAUAAACAACUGGUUUAUUUUGAAAUGAUUCUGCAAGUGUUCCAUUCCAAAGGCCUGUUGGAGUAGGAAAAGUACACUAAGGCACCUGCCUCUUUCAUUGCAAACUGAAUUCUCAUAAAAUUAAAAAAAUCUUUGCUAACAUAAAUACAUGUUUGAAACAGGCUUCUGUAAAAUGUUUUUAGAUGUGAUAAUCUGAAUCAGAACUUCCUAAUGUCUUAGCCUCUUAAAUGAUACAAAAUAAUAAAAUAUUUGGUAUUUAGCUUCCUGUCCUUGAAUCGAUUGUCUCUCAAUACAGUUAAACCUUAUGCAAGUAAAUAUAAUUUUCAUCAUUAUAACUUAAAAGGGAGUUUCAAAUAUAAUUGCACCAUGCUUCUCUUGAAAACAGUAGCUACAGAGCACAAUCCACUGAAUAUUUUUUAAAAUCCUAAUAUUUCUACAAUUUAAGAUUUCCCUGAAAUAGCAGUUUGUUAGCAUGUGAGCAUACGUGUAAUUGGGUGAUGUGUUCUCACAGUAGCUGUAAAGUGAUAAAGUUUCUCCGUUCACCUCUCUUUACAAUGCCUUCGUUGUCUCAUAAAGAAGUCUCAUUUCUUCAUAAAGACUUGCUUUAACACUAAGGUUACUGUUAAUACUAUUGCUUAUGUUACCGUCAUUGGCAAAUGGAACACCCUGUAUAAAGUCAGUCUAUGCAUGAAAGAAAAGCUAUAUGCAGAGUUGAAAGUGAAACUAUAAAAAUAUAGCAAAAUAUCUGUUUUUCCAUUGUUACAUUCUACUGCAUUUUAAAUACCUCAUUCUAGCACACAGCUAAUUCACAUGGUAAGGCAUUGAAUCUGAUGAGACACACAGGUGGCCUGUGUUUAAAGAUAGCUCUGCAUAGGUCCAGAGCCCUACUGAUGUUACAGGACCUACUUCACUUAGUUUAAAUUUCUUUUUGCCUAUUUUAUCCAGCUGCUGUAGUGUGCUAAUCUUUUUGUUUCAUCAAAUAACUGAAACCAUAAAAUGCAGCAUGGAGAUAAAUUGACAUACCAAGCAUAAUUCAGCUGCCUUGGCUGUUUACUGUUUCCUUCAUUUGCUCCUUUGAAGCAUUUGACUGACAUCUGCUAUUUUACCAAAAUGAAUGUUGGCUAAAUCAACAAAAGAUUACAAAGGAUCUUUAGACAUAUGAGUAAGACUGAUCACUUGUUUUCAUUAAUGUACUGUGCAUCGUGUUCAUGAACGCGUCUGUGUAUCCCAUUGCACUAUAUUGUUGGAAUGAUGCUGAUAAUAUUUGUAAUGUAAGAAUUGCAAUUGAACUAUCUAUUUUUAUCACUGACAGUAGCCCUCAUGAGAUACUUCAGAUAAAAUUGUAAAAAAUGCCAGAAUAAGCAGCUAAAAGCUAAGUUUUGAAAUAGGAUUGUUCUUGUAACUAUAGUGAUGGGAAAGAACAAGUACAGCUAAGGACAGCAAGGUGAACUUUCUGUAAGUUACUAAAAUGAUCUGUUGUUGACAGAGACUUUAUAGUAGUAUUCCCAUCUGCUACAUCAACCACUUUUUUGGCUGCUUGUGGACAGAGAACUUGAAAAAUUGCUGCAGACAGAGAAUAAAGAAAUGGUGAGAUAUGAUCUGUCAUACUUUUUGCAAUAUUGCUGAAAAUGAUUGUCUUUCUGGGCUGGAAAUUAAACCCUUUCAAUUCUAGUCAAUGAGAAACAGGGUCAGGAGGGACCCACUGCUGACAGUGAUCGUCAGCAGAAGAUCUUUUUUGUAGAAUAGAUUAUAUGAGAAGCCAGGACAAAUGUGGAAAGCUUCUUGGGACUGAUGUGGCAGUGCUGAUGUGGCACAUCUGUUGCAGAUACAGCUAUGCACAUAUUUCAGAGGUUAUGGGGAAACUUUUUUAAUAUAGCAAGCUGUGUUCACAUUGACAGAAUAAUUUUUUUCAUUACCGUUUUAGUUUUAUUGAGCACUGUGGAAAAGUCAUUGCAAUUGGAAAAAGAGAAACUGUGUUUUAGUGUCUGUAUAUUCUAAUAAUUCAGCUUCCUUUUAUUCCUAAAGCAAGGGUUUUUGAAAUAAAAGGAAUUUGUUUGCAAGUUUAAA